AUGUCGUUGCUCUCGGGACUCGCCACCGCGAUACUCAUCCCGAUCGCGCUACUCCUCGCCAGAUGUGCCUUCGCCGGCCGUGAUCUCCGGCCGUCGGAACACGGCUUCCUCUUCCAGGCCUCGCCGCCGUCCAAUUCCUCGCCCGAGAUGAGGUCCUUCUUCAGCACCACCAAGGGCUCUUCCUCCUCCGACGCUCCCCUGCAGAACACGACUGAGUCCCUUCCGCCGGCGUGGUGGGGUGUCAACGGCGGCAGUGGCGGCGGAAGAAGCCACGUGGGACUGGCGCUGAUGACGGCAAGUCUGGUGUGUGGAAUCACAGGUGGCGUCCUGUUAGUGGCUACGGCGCUGCUUUAUCUGAUUAAGCACAGAAAAAAGGCACAUCAAAACGAACCGUUUAGUGGUAAUAAUAAUUAUAACCACAGUUAUUGUUAUUAUAAUAGUAAUGAUGUGAGUGACAGUAACAGGGGCAACAACAAGCUUCAAUUAGUGGCAAUUGGUUGA